AUGGAAGCCAAGCCGCUCUCUAGCGAUGACCUAGGAUUUACUCUUCCUCCGAGCAACGGUCACACUUCUCACAAGCGACGGAUUGCCAGUUGGCCAUUCCUCUUGAUCACAGGCUGUGUUUUGCUCUUGUUCAAGACAUACCUCUCCUCAUCACGAGAACACGACUGGCCCAUACCGCCCAACGUCCAAAUUGACCGUUGCGCCGAAUUGAAUCACAAUCCAAGUAACAAUGCCCAAGAUCCAGCUCCGUAUUCUAUUCCAGCAACCUUCACCCUACCACUCUCUUCGAAAGCCCUUUUCUGCAUCUCCCGAGGGUCGCUUUCAAAUGGGGUCAUCAACAUCGUCCAAUCCCACAAAGGCGCCGGUUCGGAGAAUGUGGUUGUCGACGUCGACGUGAACUAUUGGGAAGAACCACUCUUGGACAAUCUUAAAGUUUGUCAGGUUACGAGAGAAGAUGGGGGCGUGGGCGUUGGUAUAUUCUCAGAUUGGGCAGGACGUCCGGGGAGCCGUCAAGUCGAAUUUGAAGUUACUAUAACCCUUCCUCGCGUCCCAAACGACGCCAUGUUAUACAUCGACUAUUUCGAAACGGACAUGCCGUCGUUCGAACAUUGGAUUGGGGAGCUCGGUGAUACUGUCUAUUUUAGAUCCAUCGUACUCGGGACGGAGUAUAGGGGUGUUGACGUAGCUUCAUUGAAUGGGGGAAACGUAGAAAUCAAGAAUUCCCAUAGCCCAAUUCAAGGCGUCAUCAACGCUUCGAGCGCAUUAUCCCUCAUCACUUCCAACGCGCUCAUCAACGUCUUUCUUGGGCUUUCCAGUUCUAGUUCUAGCGAUGAAGCUACGCGGUUAGAGAUGAAGACGAGUAACGCCGAAAUAACCGCGUCCAUAAGCCUAACCACCACCUCAAACUCACCAGGAGGCAACUACUCCAUCCUCACCCAAACAUCAUUCGCCAAACUAACCCUCACCUUUCCCUCCUCCCCACUCGACUCCUCCCUCUCACUCAACGCACGCACCUCCCUCGCUUCCAUAGACGUGUCACUCCAUCCAACGUACGAAGGUACCUUCACACUCGACGCUUCCCUCACACCAUUCGGUGCAAAGGUUUUUGUGGAUGAGGACGUGAGGGAUCCAGCGGGGGAGGGGAGGAAGAGGAAGGUUGAGGUUAGGAGGGGGAAUGGGGGAGGACGUGUUGAGGGGUCGGUUGGGUGGGGGGAUGGGGAGGAGGGGAGGGGGAAUGUUAAGCUUGAGACGGUACUGGGGAGUGCUAAUUUGAGGUUGUAA